AUGACUUCUACCGAUUCAGAUCAACCAGAUCCUCGCAUUGUUCGCAUCACGGCUGAUGAUCAUGAUACUCCCCAGUCGGUUGUAUCUCCGGCUGCAUCAUCAAAUAUGUCUGAGAAUGAACCUCUUUGGGUCUGGAACUUCGGUCAUUUGGUAUUUCACAACGAUCAAGAUGAAUCUACGGGGUUCCAGGAAAGCCUGGAGAGCCGCUUCUUCAACGACAAUGAUGCUAGAAACAUGGACUACGAGGCCGACAGCGAGUCAAUCUGGGACAUGAAAAGUUCUCCCUCGACACCUCCACGCCCACCACCCCUGGCAGAGGACAAUACCUCUACGGGGAGUGGUUCUUCCUUUUCGACUGUGGUCUCUGUCCUGCCUGAUCGCGUUGAACGCCUUGGCGUUGAGAUUGAGGACGAAGCGAAUGAUGGCGGGGCCGAAGAUAUUUCCGACGAGAUCAGCUCUGGAUCCUUUGUUUCCACCUCUGUAGCUGUGAUUGAGGACCAGGAAGACACCGAAGCCGUCGAAAACUACGAGACCGACCUCAUGUUCAAAUGGACUCUUACUGACCUGAUUCGCCAGAUGAUGUUCGUCUCUGGAGAAACUGCCGAACCAUCCAUUGAAAGUACGACUUUAAUUGAGGACAUCACACGCCAGCAGGUAAUUGAGCUUCUCACUCGUAGCACUGCGCUCGCUACACGACGCGGAUCACGCUCAAUCUCAACCGACGACCUGAUCUUUCUGAUUCGUCACGACAAGGCCAAGGUCUCACGUCUUCGGACCUUCCUAUCCUGGAAAGAUGUCCGCAAAAAUGUCAAGGACUCUGAUGACAAGGGUGGUGCUGAUGCAGCUGAUUUUGCUGCAGCAGAUGAUGCUGCUGGUGUAGUCGGGGGCCAGCAGGACGUCGCCGCCAAGCCGAAGAACAAGCGAGCCAAGGUCGGACUGGCAUGGGACCCCAACAGCUUCUUCUCCGUGCAAGUACCCGAGCGCGAGGAUGAAGAAGACGAAGAGGAGGAAGAACAGAACUAUGCCACCCUCCAGCGUCUGGCUGCCGCCGACGAGCGUACCAAACACAUGACAAAAGAGGAAUACGUCUUCUGGUCCGAGUGUCGCCAGGCUUCCUUCACCUACCGCAAGAGCAAACGUUUCCGCGAAUGGGCUGGCUUCGGUAUCGUGACCGAGUCCAAGCCCAACGACGAUAUCGUUGAUAUCCUCGGUUUCCUGACUUUCGAAAUCGUCCAGACUCUGACCGAGGAGGCGCUCAAAGUCAAAGAACGUGAGGAUCAUGAGAAGAACCGCGGUGGUGCUGAUGGCGGCGACAGUGCCAAGAAGCGCAAGCGUGAGACUGGCUUAUUCGAUCCGCCCGAGGAGGGCCGCACCCCGAUCGAGCCACGGCAUAUCCGUGAAGCCUACCGCAAGCUCCAGGCCACGCCUCAGAAAUCUGUAGCGAUGCUUCUUCAUAAUGCCCGUGUGCCUGCUCGUCUGCCAUUGCGACUAAUCUAA